GUGGAGAAGGCGCAUCCCGACGUCUUCAACCUCUGCCUGCAGAUCCUCGAGGACGGCCGUCUCACUGACUCGAAGGGGCGGACGGUGUCAUUUAAGAACACCUUGAUCAUCAUGACCUCGAACGUCGGCGCCAAGGCGAUCGAGAAGGGUCUCUUGGGCGGAGGCGGCCUUGGGUUCGCUGGGCUUGAGGACGAUGUCGACACCUCCAACUACCAGAGGUUGAAGACCGUCGUGCAUGACGAGCUCAAGAACUUCUUCCGACCAGAGUUCUUGAACCGACUGGACGAGAUCAUCGUCUUCAAGUCCCUGAACAAGCAGGAG